ACUCUCUCUCCUCUCUCUUUGUAAGCAGAAAUCUAACGAUCCACAAUCAUAGAAUCAUUCAAACGAUAUCCGACGCUCCAAAACCCAGUCCCGCAAACUAGCCGUUACCAAUCGAGCGUCAAAAACUCAACGGUCAUCUAUUUCCCUUUCAUUCCAUCAAUUAAUGAAACCUCUUAUCGUGAAAACAGACUCAAUAUCAUUACAAUUUUGUUGUUUGAAUUGUUUCCCUCUCUAGAAAUCAUAGUCUCAUCUUUGUCCGGCGAGAUUGCUAAUGGAUUCAGGUUCUAAAACCGCCGGAGCAAAUACGCCUGCAAAAGAAUCAAACCGAUCAAAAUUUAACGAAAUAUCAAAACAAUUAGAAAAUUUCAAUCCCAAUGUGUCGUCUGCAGGUUUUAAAUCAUCUAAUUCUCCAUGCAUAAAGUCUGCAAAAAGUGUCCGCUCCCAAAAAUCUACUUCCAGAAAUCCUAACCCUACUGGUAGUAGCCAAGUGGCGUCACCUUCACCGGUGAAGAAAAUUCGGCAGAGGAAGUUCUUGAUUGCAAAGAAGAAAUCGGAAAAGGGGGAAGUGAAUUCUUCGACUGCAGCAUCAGUGGAAUGUAACAAGUGUAAGAAGAAGACGGGAAAAUCCAAGUGUUUGUGUGUAGCCUAUGAGAGCCUGAGGGCUUCUCAGGAAGGGUUCUUCAAGAAUAGCAGUAAAAUUGAUGAUAAGGUCGAUUUGGAGAAGUUAUGUGAUUAUGAUACUGCGAAUGGGGAGAGUGGAGUUAUCCCUAUAAGCCAAAAACCUGAGACUGCCAAAGGAUUUUGUAGCAGAGUGGAGGGAAAUGAUGAUUUAUGUGAGAUUAAUGAGAAGAGUAAGGAUGACAUAGUUGAGGUUGAGGUGAAUGGUGAAACUGGCACUAAGAGAAGCCGGGGGAGGCAGUUAAAAGAGGGUAGAGAGUGUGCACCGGUGCCGAGGUCUGGCAAGGUGAUGCAUUUGGUGAAGGCAUUUGAGGAACUUCUAUCAAUUCCAAAAUCAAGCAAUUCUGAGGAAAAGGAGGUGGACGAAGUGGAGAAUAUUAAUGCGGAAAUGAGAAAACCUAUUGAGGUUGCUGAAAAACAGGUUUCUCCAUCUUCAUUUAGUCCCUCUGAUGUUUUCCUCACACUGGAGAGCUUAGGUUUAGAUUCAGUUUCACACCGUUCUUCUUCACUAGAUAGCAGCCAAGGAAGCAUUUCAAGUAAAACUUCUGCUGGUGGUCGAAGAAGCAGAAGAAAAAGCUUCGAAUCGUCUGGAACCUCUGGAAUAAGACAUGGGAGAAGGCAGCUUAAAGCAACCUCUCAAAAGCCCUUCAUGCUAAAAACAGAGCAAAGAGGAAGAUGCAAGGAGGAAGAAUUCAUGAAAAAGGUGCAAGAAAUAAUGGAGGAAGAGGAGAAGUUGCGGAUACCAGUUGCUCAAGGUCUUCCAUGGACAACAGAUCAACCAGAGUUUUUGGUGAAGCCAUUAGUCAAAGAUAAUACAAGGCCUGUUGAUCUCAAGCUACACAGCGACCUUAGAGCUGUUGAACGUGCUGAGUUUGAUCAUCAGGUGGCCGAUAAGAUGAGCCUUAUUGAACAAUUCAAGAUGGAAAGAGAGAGACAGCGAAAGUUGGCUGAAGAAGAAGAAAUUAGGAGGCUGAGGAAGGAACUCGUUCCUAAUGCUCAACCGAUGCCAUAUUUUGACAGGCCAUUCUUCCCUAGAAGGUCGGUGAAGCAUCUAACUAACAAGUCUAUGGAGCCAAAGGCGAAUGCAUAAAGGCGAGAAGAUCAAGAGUUGGAUGUUUCAAAUAACUUGUUUGUAUAAACACAGCUGCAGUGAACAAUGGGCAUUGUGAAGUUGAGAUUUUAGUUUGUUUAACGACGAUUAAUGACACAAUUUGUUACAAAUCUAUAAAUAUGUCAAAAUUAAUUUUGAAAAACAGUGCAUUUUCUCAAAUUUUUUAAA